AUGAACAAUAUGGACCAAGGUGAAGAUCAUACGGUUACUGGGUCAGUUUAUUUAUGUAUAAAGCAGUUUAACGCGAGAUUAGGGGAUGAGUUGAGCUUGAAGAUUGGUGAUAAAGUGGAGGUAUUGGCAGAUGAUAGCGAAUACAACGAUGGAUGGUAUAUGGGAAAAAACUUGUUGACAGAAGAGGUAGGGUUAUAUCCUAAGGGGUUCACGCAGAUAUUACAAAACCAGAGGCCAGAACAUCCAUUAUUGAGGUCGCGGUCGAGGCGAGUGAUGAAGGGAAGUAAGAACAACUCGCCAAACACCACCACAUUGAGUAAGAUUGCGGAUUCGAUGCAGAAUAUGACGCUUAUGAGUGGAAAUGGCUCCACUAACGAUUCCAGGGGAGAAGAUAGUCUUGAUGGUAACGAUAGUAUCGGGACUAACGGUAAACCAGAGUUUGACCGUCAAGUGGAACAAGACGUGGAUACUGGCUUUAACAAGAGUUCUACUAGUGGAUUACGUAGUAAAUUCAACGAUAAUUAUGACGAUGUCAAUGAAAAAGCACUUGAUCUUAGUCACGAACCAAAGACCGGCAAGUCGUCUGUGCAUAAGACCAUGAGUGAUAUAGAUAAGGCUUUGCAAGAACUCCGUACGGAAUCUGAUGGCGGUAUUUCUGCUCCACCUGGUACUAAUGCAAAUCUCUACGAGCAGAAUACCAGUAAUACAAGCACCCCAAAUCAGACAGCAAAUCACCAUCUGCGUAAAAUAUCAAGAGAUUCAUUAACAGAGAAUUUAGAUCCAGCGGAGGCUGAUACAUGGACACCGAAACAAGUCUCGUCUUAUUUUGCUAUAAUAUUGGGAUUUGAUAUGGAUGUUGCCGGUAAAUUUGCUAGACAUAAGAUAACAGGGGCAAUUUUAUUCGAAUUAGAUUUAACUUACUUGAAAGAGUUAGAUAUUGACUCCUUUGGAACUAGGUUUGAGGUCUAUAAGGAAAUUGAAAAAUUGAAGCAAUUAUCGGCGAAAGCCAAGAAUGGCGGUAAUUCGAAUGCUAAAUCGGCCCAUAAGAGAGAUAAGAACAAGAAUUCUAUUAUUCAAGAUUUAUCAGAUUCGGAAGAUAUUGCCAGCCCUACAGAUUCUAAAAAUUCGUCUCCCUACAAAUUACAUUCGUUUCCUAACAACUCUGAUGAAGAUACCAACAACACAACUUACAGCAAGUCUCAGACUCAACUAAUGCCUUCAGCUAAUUUAGUAUCUUCAACCCCAUCGAAGAGAGACAAUACGCGGGAUUUGCAAAAAGGACACGAAAGAAAGAGGUCACAAUCCAUGGAAAAUAUCCCAAGUGCAUAUGGAGAUACUACAUCUCCUAUCGCUAAACGUAGAAGUGAUUUAUCUUUCAUGUCACCUAGAAAGGCACCAGAACCACCAAGCGCCAGUCCUUUGAAUCAAAGCUAUAAAUUUGGUGGAAGCCCUAAUUUGCAAAAUUCGCCAGCAGAACAAGGAGGUUUAUAUCAGACACGUACGAAUGCAUCGAGCUCUGGCUUAGGCAUUUCAGGAACUAGUAGACCAUCGUCAUCGAUUUAUGAACAAUCAGUCAACAGCCACAAUAGAAAUGCUUCCGCAGCAUCAACAAGGGACCACCGCAGAAAUUCGUCUUAUAUUUCAGGCCACAGAAGGAAUUCAUCAUUGUUCCUGUUUAAUAAGGCUGCUAAUGAAGGAGACAAGUUAAGUUCGAAGAAUCUUUACAAGGAUGAAACUCCAAAGAAGGAAAAGAGAAAGUCUAUGAUUCAGUCACCUACGAAAUCGAUGUUCAGUAACGUUGAUGCGACACCGAAAUCACAGAGACAGAGUGAAUAUUUCAGCUUAUCCCCUAAUAAACACUUCGUGGAUAUUGAUAAUGUUAAUUUGUCUCCUAAAAAGCUGAGAUCGAUGACUUAUAAUCUUGAUGAAAAGCCUAAAAAAGAACUCGAGGAAAAGAGGUCAGCAUCGGAAACGAACCAAGUAUCGCGUUUUAAGACAUUGAGAACAGCGUCUACCCAGAAUUUCCGUAAUUUAAAGAAUCUGAAAAAACUGAAAACUUCCGCCUUUACUGAAGGAAUUAGAGAAAUCACCCCUGAUGAGGCUAUUAAAACAGCUACUUUUAGUGGUUGGAUGGCCAAAAAGUCUGGUAGUACCUUAGGUUGGAGAUCAAGAUACUUCACACUUCAUGGCACGAGGUUACUGUACUUUACCUCGUUGCGUGAUAAGCGUGAAAGAGGUUUGAUUGAUAUCACUGCGCAUAAAGUUUUACCUGUAAGCACUGAUAAUGAGAAUGCAGUUGCCAAUGAUAAAUAUAUUGCGCUAUAUGCAUCAUCUACUGGAUUUGGUAGAUAUUGUUUUAAGUUGGUACCACCAGCACCUGGUUUUAGAAAGGGCUUAACCUUCACUCAACCAAAGACUCAUUAUUUUGCAGUUGAUUCUCAGGAAGAGAUGAGAGGCUGGCUCAAGGCCUUAAUGACUUCUACAAUUGAUAUUGAUGAUACAGUACCAGUUGUAAGUUCAUGUUCUACUCCUACUGUUACAUUGAAUAAGGCCCAAGAAUUGCUUGCUAAAGCAAGAGAAGAAACAAAAUUAAAGGAUGAGGAAUUGAGAGAGAAGGGGUUCGGAAGAGAUGGACAGAACAAUGAACUGCUGGAUAGCUAUUAUUCUCAAUUCGUGAAUGAGUUCAGUAAUACGUCUGGCGAGAAUUCUCCCAUGAUCGAUUCACUUGAUGAAUCUACUUUGUCUUCUGCACAUAACUCAGCUCCAAAAUUAACUGUUGAUACCUCAGCUAAGAAUUACAAGGGACCUUCCACUCCUCAAGUAUCACAAACUGGAUUUGCUUCCCCUUAUUUAUUAGCUUCAGGAGUAUUCUCGCCUAAGCUGACUAAUAGUGGUAAUACUGGAUCUUCUUCUGGUACUCCAAAACUGAGCCUGAACCUGAACCUGAGACCUAAUUUAGACUAUUACAAUGAUUCCCAAUCCAGCAAUUCAGAAAUCACUCCGAAGCAUCCAUAUAGCAAUGGUAGAAUUAUAAGUGGAUCAUCAAAGAAGAGAAACAAUUCAGAAAAAAUGUUGGCAUAUAGCAAUGAUGGUUCGGGUAAUCAUACGUUUGUUAUUACGCCUAAGAAAUGA